CGUCGGUCUGUACUGCAGGCAUUGCUUCGGUUCUGCGACUGCUGUCCCGGCUGCGAUUUGGCGCUUCUAAUUGGCAGACUUUCCUCCCGACUGCUGCGCUUCUGGCUGUUGGCGAGCGGGCCAUUCCCGGCCUUUCUUCCUAGAGGAUCCAGAGGCCCUCCAGAAGGCAGUUCUGCUGCUCUACAAAGGAGUGGGAUCCUUUCAGCCAUGAACCAUAUGUUGAACCUCUAUCUUUUAGGGGUAGUGGUGACCCUGCUUUCCAUCUUCGUUAGACUGAUGGAGUCCUUGGAGGGCUUACUGGAGAACCCAUCACCGGGGAGCGUCUGGACCACCAGAGGUCAACUAGCCAGCACAGAACCCAAGGGCUUUCCAGACCAUCCGUCCAGAGGGGUGUGAUAAGACCUCCCUCCACCGGCUGUGACCCUUGGCAUACUGGCCUAAACACAUCCGGCCAGGCGUCCAGUUUGUGGGCAGGCAGACUCAGCAUCAGUGUUCUCAGAACUAACUUUUACGAGGGCCUUGAAGGGCCUCUGGAUGUUCCUCACCCUGGAAAAAGAGCCUGUUGAGUCCAGGUGUGAGUGGGUUGCGUGUAGCUGUGGGAUGCAGCACUGUCACUCUGCUCCCCAGGGCUCAGCUGUUUGCAUAGUGUUUUCAGCCCUACUUACUAGUGUCUGCUGAGCCGCUUCGGACUUGGAUGUCAUAAUGUUCAGCCUCUUGCGUGAAAGCUCAUCUGUGUGUGGGUAGCAGUUGAAGACGUGUGUGGGUUGGCUGUAGGGAGGGGAAUGAUGGAGUGUACAGUGUCCAGUUCUCAUUGUUCUACACUUAACGAUUCAUCCUCCAACAUAGUGUGUAUGUGCGUGUUUAUUGGUCUGACGGGGACCACGGAUGACAAAGCUUGCUUAGGACAUGGGCAUUAUGGCCACCAUGUGGCUUAAACGAAUUUUUCUAAUAAAGUUGAAUAUUUCGGC